CAAUCAAUUAGUAAUAUUGCAUCGAAGAAAGCAAAACCAAUUCCCAAAUUCUCAAUCCCUGCUUUACUAUUCGAUAGGUUUGAACAAGAUCCUAAAAUGGUGGGUGUUGGGGUUCCGAUCUGCGUUCAGUGCGGCACCGCCAGCAACCCUUGCCGGUGCAAGGUUGUUGGACCAACGGUGGGAUUUCUGGCGUUUGCUGCGGCGGCGAUUGUGGAGUGGCCUGUGGGGGCUUUCGUUUAUUGCUUCAAGCACGGCAAGGGCCGCCGUAUCAUGGCUCAUCCGGCCACGGUUGUUUACCCUUCCGUCACUAACGCCAUCCCCAUUUAAUAUAGUGAUUUUAAUUCACAUAAUAUAAGAUUACCAGUGAGAAUAAGAUUAUCGGUAGAAAUAAAAUUACUAGUAAUACUGUAUUUUAUGUUUAAUUCGUUU